AGAGUCAGAAGUGGUGUCUGUUGAAGUUAAAUCGAGCAAACGGAGAAGAAAAAGAGAAAAAGUUAUGAUUAGAACCGGUUUAUUCAGUCGGUUUAAAACCCACACAUCAUCAUUCUUCAUCACUCGACGAUGGCUUUCUACUUUGGCCGGCGACGAGAGAAGCGAGAUAGCAUUCUUUGACCUCGAGACGUCGGUUCCGACCAAAUCGGGCAAGCCUCUCGUUAUUCUGGAGUUUGGGGCCAUCUUAGUUUGCACAAGGACGCUUGUGGAGCGUGACAGGUACUCCACAUUGGUUCGACCCACCGAUCUUUCUCUCAUCUCCACGUUCUCCAAGCGACGAAGCGGCAUCACUCGCGAAGGAGUCUUGUCUGCACCCACAUUCGCCGAAAUCUCCGACAAAGUCCACGACAUCCUCGACGGUCGAAUAUGGGCAGGACACAACAUAAAGCGAUUCGAUUGUGUAAGAAUUAGAGAGGCGUUUGCAGAGAUUGGUAAAUCUCCGCCGGAGCCGAAAGCUAUAAUCGAUACGCUUCCAUUGCUGUCUCAAAGUUUCGGGAAGAGAGCUGGCGACAUGAAGAUGGCAACGCUUUCUAAAUACUUGGGGCUAGGAGCUCAAGCGCACAGGAGCUUAGAUGAUGUCCGGCUUCUUCUUGAAAUUGUUAAGAUAUGUGCAACCGUUGAAUUGCUGGUAAUGUUGUCUUUCUCCUUUCUGCAACUUUUAAUGGAGUCCAGUGUCGCUGACAUUCUUCCUGAAACGAACAGGCCUUUCCCCAAGAAAAAACCCGAGAAACCC